AUGAAGACCGUCUUUGUGACUGUGGGCACGACGAGUUUUGACGACCUUAUUGAGGAAAUCACCUCUGACGAGGCUGUUCAGGCGUUAAAGCAUCGCGGCUAUGAGCGUCUUGUCCUCCAGGUGGGAAGAGGUUCGGUUCUGCCGGAUCCUGAGAAUUUUCCGCACGUUAGCUUGGAGGUUUUUCGAUUCAAGCCCUCUAUCUUGACGGACGUGGAGCGGGCUGACCUCAUCAUCAGUCACGCUGGUCAAGGGGCCGGAAGCUGCUUGGAGGCGUUGGGCGCCGGCAAAAGCCUGCUGGUGGUGGUGAAUGACAAGCUGAUGGACAACCACCAACUGGAACUGGCCAGACAGCUCCACAAGGACUCUCAUUUACUCUACUGUACUUGCCCCACGCUGACGAAAACCCUGCGGAGCAUGGACCUUUCUGUGCUCAAGCCUUUCACGCCGGGUCAGCCUGAGAAGUUUGCAAAAUUCAUGGACAGAGCUCUCGGACUCCAGUGA